UUCUAGGGCAAUGGCUUCCAAAACCCCAGUUGGAUUCAUUGGGCUGGGUAACAUGGGAAAUCCAAUGGCAAAAAACCUGGUAAAACAUGGAUAUCCAGUUAUUGCAUAUGAUGUGUUUCCAGAAGCUUGCAAAGAAUUUCAAGACUUGGGUGCUCAGGUAAUGGAUUCUGCAGCAGAUGUAGCAGAAAGAGCAGACAGAAUUAUCACCAUGCUGCCUUCCAGCCCAAACGCAAUAGAAGUUUACACAGGAGCAAGUGGAAUUCUGAAGAAAGUGAAGAAAGGCUCAUUGUUAAUAGAUUCCAGUACUAUUGACCCUGCAGUUUCGAAAGAAUUAGCUAAAGCAGUUGAAAAAAUGGGAGCUGUUUUCAUGGAUGCUCCGGUUUCUGGAGGCGUUGGAGCUGCUCGAGCCGGAAACCUCACUUUCAUGGUUGGUGGAGUGGAACAAGAAUUUGAUGCUGCCAAGGAGUUGCUGACAUGUAUGGGUUCUAAUGUGGUUUACUGUGGAGGGGUUGGAACUGGACAGGCUGCAAAGAUCUGCAAUAACAUGCUCUUGGCCAUCAGUAUGAUUGGAACUGCUGAGGCUAUGAAUCUUGGAAUCAGAUUAGGGCUUGACCCAAAGCUGCUGGCCAAAAUCCUAAAUAUGAGCUCAGGCCGCUGUUGGUCAAGCGAUACGUACAAUCCUGUUCCGGGAGUGAUGGAAGGAGUACCAUCUGCCAAUAAUUAUCAAGGUGGCUUUGGAACAACACUCAUGGCUAAGGAUCUUGGCUUGGCCCAGAUUUCUGCCACCAACACAAAGACACCAGUCCCUUUGGGAUCCCAGGCACAUCAGAUCUACAGGAUGAUGUGUGCAAAAGGCUAUGCCCUGAAAGACUUCUCAGCUGUGUUCCAGUUUUUACGUGAGGAGGAAACCUUGUGAGCUGCCCUUCAGCAAUGGACAUGAUAGCAAAGCACUUUUUUUUGUUUUUAUCCUUAUAGCUCCUUUGAGAAGAAUGUGGGUUUAAUCAAAUACUGUGCAACGUGAUCCCAUACAGACUAGUCAUCUUUGUUUGUCUAGAUCACAGCAAACUCCAGGAUUUUUUCAUCAGUUCUUGAAAAAGCAAGUCAGGGGAAGGGGGUUGGUUGGCAAUUAGCCAGACAGGGAUUUCCUUUUUUUAAGAACCAUCAAAGGUUUUUCCAAUAAAGGCAAUAAAUAAAGUAAAUAUUUUUUUUAAUAAAUGCUUGAUUGUUUGCAAAUAAAAUAACUGACAUUAUGGCUACAAACUUAGGAGCAUCUUGAAUAGUAAGGGGAAGAUAUAUAGUGAUUUAAUGAUAUAUAGUGGUUUAUUAAAAUUAAAAGUGAAUUAUUUAUGGAAAAAGGGAAGAUCUGUUCAAUGAAGAAACAUAGCUUGAGAAGGAAUUUUUUUUUCCUUGGGCCUACUAGCUGUGGGUUGAUCAGUAGUGAAUUUUUCCUGGGAUUCAGGUUGCAGAUUUAAGUUUAUAGUUAUGUAACUAAGGAAAUGCUGUUACAGCAUGUUUAACUGAUAGACUUAGUUAAAGUAGCAUAAUAUGUGUGUCCCUCUUGUAAAGUUCUAUUAUUGUAUUUUGCUAACCCAAUUUUAUAUUUUCUUCCUGUAUGCUGCCACACAUUUUCAGAACUCAAGAGUGACGCCUACUAGAAGCUCUAACAGAGGGUGCAUUUGCUUUAGAUAAUUACUGCAGUAUUAUAAACCUAAGGAAACCCCAUUAUUUUGAAAAGAAAUAAAAAUCUAUACUGGUAAAUACUUGCUAUAUGAUUAUUUGCUUUUUGUUUUGAUGCACUCUUGUACACACACAAUUAAAAAAAGAUUUAGUACAA